GUUUUCAAGGGGGACCAAGUCCCUAUUAUUUUUACCCGGAAUAUGCACGAAUAGAUUUUACAGGAAAUGGAGGAGUUGAACGUGGCAAUUGUUGGUGCUCUCAAAAUAGUCCAGCACCCGGUGGAUCCAUCGAAGUUGAUUUCGGCAAGGUGUUUUACGUCAAACGACUUGUCACGACCGGAAAAGGCACCGCUGAUACGUAUGUCUCUGUAUAUGACGUAGAGUAUAGGGCUAACGCUGGAGUCUCUUGGACGACUAUUUCUGGACUUUCUGGAAAUGUUGAUGAUACAUCCCCAAAGGAAAACUCGUUUAGUCCCGUACUAUUUGCCAGAUUCUUCAGAAUUAAGCCCACUACGUAUAUGGGAACCCAGACAUGUUUAAGCUUUGAAGCCUAUGGCUGCGAAUUAGAUGAUGAACUAUGUCCUGGUUACGGACUAGUGUCUGGGCCUCUUAACUAUGUACCAGAUGGUUCAAUUAAUGCUACUACCAGCACUGUCGUCCCUGAUUUCCAAAGCUAUAGGGCGAGAAUAACAUCAGAAGUUGAACCAAUUGAACCAGGAUCUUGGUCGGCUGGAAAUUUAGACCAAACACAAUAUAUCCAAGUUGACCUUAAGUCUGAGCGGACCAUCACCGGCAUAACAACAAAAGGACGCGAAGGUUCGGCUCCUGAAGAAUAUGUUACCACUUAUCUAUUACGCUAUGGCGAUGAUGGGAUUACGUUCACAACAUAUUCCCAGGAGGACCACUUUAUGAUAAUGUUUGGACGGGUCUGCAGCUAG